GAAAGUGAAAAGUUUAUGAAGAUGAUUCUGCAGUUGGCUCCCAAUCCCUCUCCUAAGGAGACUGUAAUCACAGGAAAGGUUCCUUGUAGUUCAAACAAUAAAGAACAAACACAAAGGAAGGAGGUUUUGACAGCAAAAGGCAAUCUUUUACAUAAUGGCCUAGAAGUUGGCAAAAGAGAUGGAAGGGAACAAACAAUAUUACAGUAAGACUGCAACUGUCAGGAGCAUUGUCAGGAACAAAUCAGUGAAUCAAGUAUGCUACAGAAGAGCUCUUAAAAGAAUGAAAAACUCUGAAAAAGCUCCAAAAACCUCAUUAGAGAAAAAAAGAACUGAUGAGAAUGAACAAACAAAGUCUGUUCAAGAAAAAGCUCCAAAAACCUCUAUAAAGAGAAAAAGAACUGACGGGAAUGAACAAACAAAGUCUGUUCAAGAUUCAAGUACAGCUCCACGUGAUUCAACAGAAGAAGUCCGUGCAGCAACAAGUAUGGCUUUAGAAGGUGCAGCUGCAUACAUUUCAACAAAAAAGGCACAGAGAAAUACAAAAAAAGUUUGGACAGCAACAGAAAAAGCUCCAAAGGCGUCUUUAAAGAGAAGAAGAACUGAUGGGCAUAAACAAACAAAGUGUUUCCGAAGUGCAGCUGCAUAUGUUUCAACAAAACAAGCACAGAGAAAUACAAAAGAAGUUUGGACAGCAACAGAUUCAGGUACAGUUCUGUGUGGUUCAACAGAAGAAGAAUUGAAAAGUGAAAAGGAAGUCUGUGCAGCAACAUGCACGGCUGUAGAAGGCGACACUUCUGUGAGCGAGAACAACAAGGAAUUGAAUCAGUUACACUCUGUUGAAAAAGAAGGUGACGUCACUGAGAUGAAAUCGACGCUUCCUCGUGGGUUUUCUGUUGACUCCAGGAACACAACAGGCGCAACGCCGCUAAUGAAUGCUGCUUUGAAUGGCAAUGUUCAAGCGGUGAAGAGUUUGAUUGAAAGGGGAGCAGAUCCUUCCCUGACGGACAACAAAGGAGGGAACACGUUACAUUAUGCCGCACAGGGCGGAGACACUGAUAUUAUAUCUCUAAUCCAUACUCACCUGCCCAACAUUGAGUCAAAAACAGGCGAGGGUCUAACGCCACUAAUGAUGGCGGCUUACACUGGCAAAUUACAUGCAGUGAAAUGGUUUCUUGAGAAGGGGGCAACUGUAGCCUGUGAAAGCAACAGUGGAUGGAACACGUUACAUUAUGCCGCAUCUGGCGGAGACACUGAUAUUAUAUCUCUAAUCCAUACUCACCUGCCCAACAUUGAGUCAAAAACAGACCAGGGUUCCACGCCACUAAUGGUGGCGGCUUUCAAUGGCAAAUUACAUGCAGUGAAAUGGUUUCUUGAGAAGGGAGCAACUGUAGCCUGUGAAGACAAAAGAGGUUGGAACAUGUUACAUUUUGCCGCAGAGAGCGGAGACACUGAUAUUAUAUCUCUAAUCCAUACUCACCUGCCCAACAUUGAGUCAAAAACAGACGAGGGUCUAACGCCACUAAUGGUGGCGGCUUUCAAUGGCAAAUUACAUGCAGUGAAAUGGUUUCUUGAGAAGGGGGCAACUGUAGCCUGUAAAGACAAACUAGGUUGGAGCCCGUUACAUCAUGCCGCAAAGGGCGGUGACCCUGAUACCAUUGAUCUUAUCCUUACCCACCUGCCGGACGUUGACUCAAAAACAGCUGAUGGUGAAACACCUCUUAUCAUCGCUGUUUCUUAUGGUAAGCUGCAGGGUGUAAAGUAUCUUCUUGAGAGGGGAGCCAAUCCUUUGGCUAAAGAUAACGAAGGACAGGAUUCUCUGUAUCAUGCCUCAUCAUGUGACUCAGAUUGUUUGGACUUGCUAUUGAAUCACGUGCCUAGAAGUGAGUCAACAACGGGCAAUGAUUAACUCAGGUUACAAUUUGCGUGGUGUUGUCAAUAUUUGAGGUUCUCUUGUGGUUUGUACUAUACUGGAAAAGCUGUUAGUGUAUGUCUACAAUAUUACCGGUGAUUUUAUUUUUAUCUAGUUAAACGUUUUUAAAAUUGAUAUAAUGUUAUGUAUAUUUCACAAGUACGAGGGUGUUUUUUUACUAGGACGUAUUAAUUUCAAAGACAGAAGUGUAGGUUUCAGCAACGUUAACGGCCUCUUUAUUUCCCUAUUUAAGACGUUUCAAAAUUAAUGUGAUUUUGUAUAUUUUUCACAAGUAAAUAGGUUGUUUUUUUACUAUAAAACUUUUUAUUAUUAUAGAACAUAUAGAUGUAAUAUAACGGCUGUAUAGUUUGAUACAAAAGUUGGAAAUAUGAACGUAAAUUGCAUUUCGUUGAACAAGUUUGUCUUAGCUGAAAAUGUCUUCCGAUAACAUUUGUAUCAAGCUAAAAUCGAGGUUGGAAUGUUUUUGUAAAAUUUGAAAAAAAGAAGUAUGAAUUCAGACGUUUAGCCAGUGUAUUUUGCAUAGCAGAUCUAUUUUUUAAAUACUAUUUUAUAUAAUAGCACAUGGCUUUUACUUUUAACGCGAUCGAUGUUAAGAAUAUCUCAUUUUUCAAGGAAACCUGUUAAUAGAAUACAUGAAGAAAUUUCUGCAUUCUGAUUGGUUGCAAUACAGUUUUCAUGAAACACCAAUGCAGAAGAGAGCUAAUACAGUGCAGAACAUUGUUAAUUCAGUAAAAAAACCGUAACGAACUGUAUAAUAGCUUAAAAAAGAAAGACAUGUCGAAAAUUUUCUUCUUUGACGUAACACGUUGAUUUGACCCAACACACAAUGAUGUUUGCAGGGUUUGAAUGAAUCUUUUUGUACGUGUUUUACCUUUUGUUUGUUUCUGCAUUAUCAGUGAAGCUAUGUCGAAAAUUAGUUCAUUUUAAAAUGAAUAAGAAGUGACAUGACUUUUCUUAGGCAAACUGAAAUGAGUAAGCACUCGUAAUUUUUAAAAAGACAACGAAUUUCACACGCCCUACGGGCACGUGCAAUUAAGAUGGUUUAAAAAAUAAAAAACAAAAAACAAAAAACUGGGGUAUUUAUACCAAAUGUCACUCGAAGUAGU